AUGGGUGUGAACGGCCUCUGGACCGUUGUGCAGCCAUGUGCGCGUCCAACCAAUCUCGCAACACUCAAUCGCAAGCGCUUAGCUGUCGAUGCCUCCAUCUGGAUUUACCAGUUCCUCAAAGCUGUCCGAGACAAAGAAGGCAAUGCCCUGCGCAACUCCCAUGUAGUCGGCUUCUUCCGCCGCAUUUGCAAGUUGCUGUGGUUCGGCAUCCAACCUGUGUUCGUGUUUGACGGUGGCGCACCAGCACUCAAGAGAGCAACCAUCCAAAGAAGGCAGAGAAGGCGCGAGGGCCGCAGAGAAGAUGCGGUUAGAACUGCGGGGAAGCUUCUCGCUGUGCAGAUGCAGCGCAUCGCCGUCGAGGAACAAGAGAGGCGGAAGCGAGUCGACGACGGCGACUUUGCAGUCAGAGAGGAGGAAGCACUACGCGAAGAAAUCCCCGAUGCAAGUAACAUCGCGUACGUUGACGAAAUUGGUAUGACGCAGAAGGAAAAGAUGCAAUCUCGACGAUUUCAUAAACAGGAUGCCUAUCAUCUUCCCGAGCUUGAAGGUGGUAUCGCACCCAUGGGUAAAUCAGACGACCCGCGAAUCAUGAGCAUUGAGGAGUUGGAAGAGUAUGCGCGGCAAUUUAACAAUGGUGAAGACAUCAACCUCUAUGACUUCAGCAAGAUUGACUUCGACGGCGAUUUUUUCAAGAGCCUGCCCCCUCCUGAUCGUUACAAUAUCUUGAAUGCAGCGAGACUGAGAAGCAGGCUGAGAAUGGGUCUUAGCAAGGACCAGUUGGACGACAUGUUCCCCGAUCGUAUGGCAUUCUCGAGAUUUCAGAUUGAACGUGUCAAGGAGAGAAAUCAUCUUACCCAAAGGCUGAUGUAUGAGGUUGGCAUGGUUGGCACAGAUUUGACGCUAGGCGUCAACGCUCGUGUUGCUGGAGAAAAGGACCGCGAGUACAUCCUGGUCAAGAAUGAGGGUGUUGAAGGCGGAUGGGCACUUGGUGUCGUCAGCAAAGAGAAGGAUAUUGGUGAGGCGCAUAAGCCAAUUGAUGUGGAUGCUAUUCAAGUUCAUUACCAAACAAAAAACGAGCAGGAUGCAGAGGAGGAUGACGAUGCUGAUUUUGAGGACGUCCCCAUUGAGGGAUUAAAUCGACUACCAAAGCCAAAGCCGUAUUCCACAGCUGCAAGCUUACAAACUGCGCAAGAGAUUGCUGAACGGCGGCAGCAAUAUUAUGGUAGCCGAAAGGACAGGUUUGCAGAAGACCAGGAGGUGGAAGGCUCACUAUUUGUUGGAGGGAAUUCGGGCCAAAACGUCCCCAUUCUCGAGGCGACAGCCCAAGACCAACUGCAUCCUGAGGAAGAAGAUGACUUGAAUCGUGCGAUUGCCUUGUCUCUCAAAAACCAGCAUGAGCUGGAUAACGAGUCUGGGAUCGAUGACCUUUUCGAAGAUGUGCCAAUAGAUGAACCCGAAUGGACACAAAAAGCCGUCGACGCACCAAGGCCCAUUAUCGGCAAGGGAGGCUCCAUGAUUGCCCACAUUGUGAACAAUCGAGCAAAUGCCUCUGUCCCAAAGCGCAAUGAGGCAAAGAAUUCUAUCGAUAGUGAUAGCGAGGAUGAUAUGGAGGCUUUGCUGGCCAAGUCACGAAUGGCCAAACGGGCUCAACCGAAACCAGUCAUUGAGAAUAAGAAGAACCCAUUUGAUGGACCACUUCCAUUCCCAAAGCUAGAUUGGGGCUCAUCGCUAUUUUCUAAACCGCCUGCUCAGAAGGACGCAAAUAAAGUUAUUCAAGCUGGUAUUGCAAAUGAGACCAAUGCUGAGGAUGACAUGGCUGGCGGGUUUGAAGUAGAGAAACAACUUGGAGAUGAGCCAGCACCAUUACCACCAUGGCUGGUUGACGACACGGAUAUCAGAGAUUCGUUGAAGCAGCAGCAGGACGCAGAGCGGGAGAUAAAUGCUGAGGAUAAAUUGGAGGCAGAAGAGGAAGAACGCCUUCGACGGAAGGAGAUGCAGGACCGCAUGAUUGAGAUUGAUUCAUCGUCAGACGACGGAAGCGAUAUUCAGAUUGUAGAGAUUCCUCCUUCGCCGACACCAGUAGCGGAUGAGGCGGAUGGCAAACAGGUGCCAGCCGAAGAAUCACAGGCGCAAACAUCCCCGAGCAAGCGGAAUAGGCCAGUAGAAUCCCCGGAUUCAAUAUCUGAAGAUGUAACACCUCCGGCCGCCAAAAGUCCCUCUUCAACGGGACUUGAAAACGAAUCGGAGUCCCCAGAACCAAUGUUUGAAGAUGUUCUCCCCGCGGAACCAACCAUCACUACUCCCCGCAAACCAACAGAGAACGACUCGUCAUCUCCCCUGUUCGAAGACGUCCCGCCAGUACAUCCCCCAGUCUCGGGCACUGCCAACCCUGCCACAGAGGCCGACGAUCCCUUCGCCGACGUUGAAUACGAAGAAUUCAGCGAUCCCGAGGAUGAAGAGCUCAUGGCCCAAAUGGCCGAAGAAGCCGAGGAGCACGCUCGCUUCGCCAGCGAGCUCAACAACAAAUCCGCUCAACAAAAUCGUCAAGACUAUGAAAAGGAGCUCCGGCAGCUUCGUAACCAACAAAAGAAGGAUCGUCGCGACGCAGACGAGGUCACACAAGUCAUGAUUACGGAGUGCCAAGCCCUCCUUCGACUCUUUGGUAUUCCCUACAUCACCGCUCCCAUGGAGGCAGAGGCCCAGUGCGCCGAGCUCGUAAGGCUAGGCAUCGUGGAUGGCAUCGUGACGGAUGACUCCGACACGUUCCUGUUUGGAGGCACGAGGGUGUACAAGAACAUGUUCAACAGUAACAAGUUUGUGGAGUGCUACAUCAGCAAGGAUCUGGAAAAGGAACUGUCCCUUUCCCGAGACCAACUCAUUUCACUCGCGCAGCUCCUCGGAUCCGAUUACACGGAGGGUCUGCCGGGCGUAGGGCCCGUCACGGCUGUCGAGAUCCUGUCGGAAUUUCCUGGAAAAUCAGGCCUGGAGGACUUCCGCGAGUGGUGGACUUCUGUGCAGUCGCAGUCUCGCCCAAAGGAAGCAGAUGCGGCGUCGCCGUUUCGCAAGAAGUUCCGCAAGACGCAGGCCACGAAGCUGUUCUUGCCACCGGGUUUCCCCAAUCCAGCCGUGUAUGAGGCGUAUCUGCACCCCGAGGUGGACGACACUGCUGAACCGUUCCAGUGGGGCGUGCCUGAUCUAGAGGGACUGCGAAGGUUUCUGAUGGCGACCAUCGGGUGGAGCAAGGAGCGAACGGAUGAGGUGCUGGUCCCCGUGAUAAGGGAUAUGAAUAAGCGCGAUAUGGAAGGGACGCAGAGCAAUAUCACGAGGUUCUUUGGCGGUGGCGUGGGUGCUGGAGCGAGGGAGGCGUUUGCGCCAAGGGCGAACAAGGUCAAGGGGAGCAAGAGAAUGGCGGCCGCGGUCGAGAAGCUGAGGGCGAAUAUGGGAGAUGCAGAGGGUGAGGGGACGAAUAAGAGGAGGAGAAGGGAUGUAGUUGACGACGAUGGAUGA